AGGAAUAAUUUUAAUUAAUAGUUAUGUCAAUAUAUUUACUAAAUAAGAUAAGCAGAUGACCUAAGCAAGACUAUAAUAUUUAGUACGCAUUGCAAACUGCACGUAGUUUAAUUUUACUUCAGUGGAUGUAUUAGAAGAAACAAGAUGGAAAUUAAGUACAUUCUAUAUUGGUUUAUGAUUUUAAAGUUCAGUGACUCUGCAAGAAUCCUCGGAAUUUUUCAGAUGCCUUCUUUUAGUCACCAGUGCGUGUUUCAGCCUAUUUGGAAGGAACUUGCUCUGCGGGGACAUGAAGUAACUGUCGUAACUUCUCACCCCACUAGGGAAACUAGUAUAAAAAAUUUAGUCGAGAUCGACAUGAGUCACACUAAAGAAAUUUUUCUUCGACACGGUUUCCAAUAUUUCAUGUCAAAAAUGAAUUCAACCACAAGCAAAAUACAGUCGAUUUUUGAUCUGAACUAUGAACUGUCAGAAGCCAUAUUCCAAAACAAAGAAUUUAAAAAAAUAUAUGAGAAUCCCGAUGAGAAAUUUGAUCUCGUAAUGGUGCAGAUGUAUAUAAAUCCAAUUUUUGUAAGCCUUGGUUCAAGAUUCAAUGCUCCCGUGAUUGCAAUCAGUUCCAUGGGCGCUUACAUUGGCACACAUUUUGCCAUGGGCAAUCCGCAUCAUCCUGCCAUGUACUCGGAGAUGUUCCUACCAUAUCACGGAAAACUAACUUUCACGGAAAGAUGGUACAGUACUUUUUACUACUUGUGGGUCAGAGCGUACUUGUAUUUUGAUGCCAUUCCAAAGUGUGACCAAAUUGCUAGAAAAUAUUUAGGAAAUAAUAUUCCGUACUUGGGAGAAUUGCAAAAAAACAUAAGUCUUCUAUUUUUAACAACAAAUCCCAUACUGUACGAGCCCGGACCCAGAAUACCAACAAUAAUUGAGAUAAACCAACUACAUAUUAAACCCACAAAACCAUUGCCAGAGGAUCUAAAGAAUGAGUUAGAUAGAGCCAAGAACGGAGUAAUUUACUUCAGUCUGGGUUCAAAUGUUCAGAGUGUUAAUAUGCCAGAAAGAUUCAGAAAUGUUCUCAUCGAAACAUUUGCAGAACUACCAUACACAGUUUUAUGGAAGUGGGAAUCGGAUCACUUACCAAACCAACCAAAAAAUGUCAUCACAAGAAAAUGGCUCUCCCAACAAGACGUUUUAGCUCAUCCAAACAUUAAAGCUUUUAUCACUCAAUGCGGUUUGCAAUCAUUGGAAGAAUCAUUUCAUGCUGGAGUGCCAAUUAUUGGAGUGCCCUUUAUAGCAGACCAGGAAAUGAAUAUUAGAAGAUUAAAUGAAUAUGGAAUUGGGAUAGGAGUCGAUUACUUAACGGUGACGAAAGAAGAAUUAAAAGCCGCCAUAGUGGAAGUUGCAGGAAACGAUAAGUACAGAAAGAAAACUAGAGAAUUUAACAAACUCCUGAAUGAUCAUCCUCAGACCAGUUUAGAGAGAGUUGUUUGGUGGACUGAAUAUGUUAUUAGACACAAUGGUACAACUCAUUUAAGAAGUCCAAGUGUUGAUAUCAACUGGUGUCACUUUUUAUUACUAGAUGUUAUUGGAGUAACCUUAGCAAUUGUCAUUGCAGCCGUUUAUCUUAUACUAAAAAUAUUAUGUUUAUUAUGUCGUUCGAAGACGCCUAAAUUAAAAACUAAUUAGUCUAAAUAAAUAAUACAAUAUAUACAAGUGUAGAUAA